ACUUCACCUUAUAAGUGCACCCUGUAUCUCUUACAGCUGUUUAAUAUUUACAUUUUUGUGUUUUUGUAAAAUUCUAUAAAAAGUUCAAUUAAAAAAUGUUUAAAAAACCCAAAAGCAAUAAAAAUAUUACUCCACCCUCGGCGCCCACCUUGGAUGAGAUUUUGGCAGAUAUUGAUACAUUUCAGGUUGAUGUAGAGCAACUAAGCAGCAAAAAUAAAACACCUGAUAUAGCCAUAAACAAUACGGAAGAGUGGUGGUCCGUCUUCGAACAAUUCAUUGAGGAUUUAAAGUGUUUAGAAAUGGUGCAUAGUGAAGUUGAAGGCUUUAAAAUUAAACUUGAAUCUUUAAAACUAGAAAUUGAUACCGAAUCAAAGCUACUAAAGAAUGAAAUAGACCAGCAGCAGCAACUGAUUGACGUGGCACUGGAAUAACUUACUGUACUAUGUGUAGAAAGAUUUCAUAUUCUCAAUUAUUGUUAACCGCCACAAAUAAUAAAUGUACCGAAUUGUAUAUUCCUUUUUCACCGUAUUUAAUAAAUAUUCAAUAACACAAGAUUAAACAAACGUUUAAAGUUUAAACGUUUGUUUAAACUUUAAACCGA